AUGAAUUUAGGACGUUUGCCAAUACGACUUGGUGUAACUGGUGGAGCGCGCGUAUUUCUGCCGCAAGAUAUUGGUGGGCUACCAAAAGAGGAAGAAACUAUGGCGGAGAUGCUAAAAAGAUACGGCUACGCAACGGGCAUGAUUGGAAAAUGGCAUUUGGGUAUUAACAGCCACAACCACAGCGAUGGGACCUUUUUGCCAUCUCAGCGCGGGUUCGACUUUGUGGGCAUCAAUUUGCCGUGGACGAAUGCUUGGCAAUGCGACACCUCCAAGGUUGUGCGCAUUUCUUAA